GGAUUCGGCUUGGUUGCCUUCAGCUUCGUUCUUUUUGUUUACUACACCCUCUGGAUCAUCGUCCUGCCCUUCAUCGACAGCGACCACGGCAUCCACCGCUACUUCUUGCCAAGGGAGUACGCAGUUAUCAUCCCCGUGGUGGCCGGGCUGCUGCUGCUGCUCUUUAUAGGUGUUUUUAUAAUGGUCGUGAUGUGGAAGAGCAGGAAACCUGCCAAGAAAUCGGACUGA